AUGCACCCCCUCCACAAAAGCCAGCUCGAUCCUCAGAACUUGCCUAGACCUCCCUCCAGGCAGCCCUGCAGAGCCCCCAGCAUCCCCGUGGCCCUCCCCGUGUCGCUGGCCCUGGGGAUGCUCUGCUCCAGCCCCACGUGCACCCUGGGCUGCGAGCUGCCCGCGAGUCAUGGCAAUCUGGAAAGCUUCACACGCUGGAGUCAGAUUGAGAGCGUGUCCACGGUGUCCCGUCUGAGGGACAGGACUGACAGAUCUCCUCAGACCCUGGAGGACGGCCAGGCUGAGGAGACAGAAGCCGCAGCUGUUGAGCAUGAGUUGCGCCUGCAGACCUCCCAGCUCUUCAGCACCUCGGGCUCUUCUCUGGGUCCGGACGAGAGCCUCCUGGACAGAUUCCUCAUUGGACUUGAUCAGCAGCUGGAGGAGCUGGACACGUGUCUGAGGGAGGGAAGGUCGACGGAACACUCACCUCUAGGGAGUGAGAACUCCAGAUUGGCUGGGAAGAGUUACUUCCAGCGAAUCAGUGUGUAUCUCAAAGAGAAAGAAUACAGCCGCUGUGCCUGGGAGGUUGUCAGCGUGGAAAUCAGAAGGAGCUUGGUCUUGGCCAACAAGCUCAUUGGGAAACUCAGGAAAUAAAGAAGACAUUGAAUCUGAAAACAGUUCAUCUGGUCAACUACAUAGCUAUUUUCUAAGACUCAAAGUGCAACCUUUAACUCUAUUUUUGUGUCAGAUGAAAUAUAAGUGAUAGCUAAUAUAUGGCAUUAUUUAAAUAUAUGUUAAAAGUUUUCUUACCAUAACUGUUUAAAACAGA